AUGGCUCAGCCUCUUGAAGAUUUGGCAAGAAAAUUUAAAUAUAAGGUUGCUGCUUUUGAUAACAACCCGAACUCCAAGUAUUUUCUCGAAUCAGACCCAUCACCAAACAGUAUAGAAGACUUUCGUUCAGGACUUGCGGAUGGAACUGUUUCUGUUUUGCGUUACUCUUGGUCAGAGCUAGUUCCUGAUAAUAGCCACAAGAAUGUUCUUCUUGAGGCGAGGAGCAAACAAGUUUUGAAAUUGGCUAAGCAUAAGCAUUUCAAAGGCUUUGAGAAUCUUGCUUUUGCAAGAAUCGAUGCGUCUGUGAAUGAGCAUACCAAGUUACAGGUUGAUGAUUUUCCGACCAUCUUGCUCUAUAAAUUUGGUGACAAAGAUACCGCUAUCAACUAAAUUGAGCCCCAAGGACAUGGCCAUUUUCAUCAACGAAGAAUCGAAACGAAAAGAUGGUUCUGCUAAAGAUGAAUUGCAAUAUCAAGUUCUUGGCAAUAUAUACACAAGAGACAGAGAAAGAUCAUGGACAUAGGUUUUGCAACAUUACAUGAUUUUAAUAUUGUGAGGAACUGGAAAAGAAAGAACCAAAUUUCUUAUAAUCUGUAAAAUCAAUGAACUGUAAUUAACUUUAUAGUGUACCAGGUGUUUUGACUGCAUCUGCAUGCAUAAUAAUCUUACAAAUAUUUUAAAGUAAAUAUAUCAUGAGUUCAAAG